AUGCUGACAUUGCCACAAGCCAGACAAAUGCCUAGUCGGCCGGGAGAUUUCGUGACGUCCAAAUGCAAUCAAUUUCCUACAAAUUAUGCUUCCCUAAUUCCUACGACGAUAUACUCCUGCUCCUCUCCGCCAUCUUCAGUGUCUUCUCUUCCUUCUACCAGUUGUUCCACCUCAUUUUCAUCCUCUUUUUCUUCUUCCUCUUCUCCUGUUUAUUCAGUCUCUUUUCCAUCAGUUUCCACAUCUAGAUCCUCCAUAGCAGCUUAUUCUGCCUAUAUUUCCUCUUCUUCACACUCUGUAUUGUCAAAAACAGUCAGCAAAGUAGCUCUUCCUCUUUCUUUGGCUGUUCCUCUAACUACUCAGUCCAUUUCAUCGCUGUCGUCAAGUCCCAACUCGAUAUCAGGUUUAGCCCCGACAUCAUCCUCAUUUGCGUUGACUAUGCCACCUCCUGCGAAUAGAGCGGGGUAUACGACAGCAGCGCCUCUAGAAAAAAACAAACUCACCACCGGAGAUUGUUUACUAGCUCUAGAUCUUACUCUGCCACGUACCGGGCAGGUUCCUAUAUCCAUAGAAAGUCCUGCCUUAGGCAAGCCAGGAUGGUUGAGCCAGACUAGUGGACAAGGGCUCCAUCGGACACAGAUAAAUGCAAGUAAUAACGCUACGAAUUUUCAAGUGCCUAUUACUGCCUCAGAAACAGUUCCACCAUUUCCACUUUCCUCCCCAUCUCCUCAUUCCCUUCCUUCAGAUUCCACUUCUAGCAUGUCAAACCCUUUGGCUGGACCUGUAAUUGCAUCUCUUGCCGCCUAUCUCUUCGGUUUAUCUACACGGAUGAAUCUCGUCACUGGUGCCAAUUCGGUUCCUACUAGUCAUUCCUGUUUCAACGCCAACCUCCGUGCUCUCUGCAACAGUUCUGGGUCAAUUUCCUCCUUUGGACCCUUUACCCCUUCCACCACCCCUUCAGACAGUAUCCCUUUCAACUCCAGCCUCUCAGAAAUUGGGGAAACGAAUCAAAUUCUUUCAGCCUCUACUUCUUCACCACCUCUAUCACUAUCUACCGGCCCCACAACUGGAACAGAACCAACGACUAAAUUUUUGCCUACAUCAACCGACUAUUCUAGCCUAGAGCCACGGUUCUCCUCACUUGCUCAUUUGAUGCUUUCUAGCCUCGGUAUGCCCGGUCUUCUGCUGCCUUCCCAAUUGGACAAGUCGAAUCCAAUCAGAUGCUCUUCAAACUGGUCACAGCUGAGCAAUAUAUGGCCAGUUUGCACAACUUCGUCUUCGUCCUCGUCAUCCUGCUAUUUGUCUUCUUGUUCUUUGCCUCCGGCUAAAUCGCUGUCCACCGAACCUUUACCGACUGCUGAGCAUGUGAUACCAACAAGGACAGCGGUAUUAGAUCAUGAUGACACCGACCUCGAUACUUCCUCAAUUGGUCAUAUCAAUAGAUCUUCUCGUCUUAAUCCUCCUACAGUUGCUCACCCUGCUUCACCUCUUAUGCCAACUCCAAUCCCUCGUAUUCUUCCCACAGAACAUGUUGGUCUCUCAUGUGCGAAAAAUAACGCCAGUAACGAGUCUGUUAUCACUACACAAGAAGCUACAGAUCCGGCACUUUCGGUCCUCUUCUCCCAUGGUAUUUUUAAACCACUGCCUCUACCGCUUUCUCAAUUUCUUUUACCACCAUCCAGGCUUGGUGAAUUGCUUGGGCUAAAUCUGGAUGGAGGAAAAGAGCGGACGGAGAGUGAAAUCAAGGGCAAGAGUAUGGAGAAUGGGAUGAGGCAGGACAAAGUCAAAAAAGAAGAUCAACUUGUAAAUCGAGUGCGAAUGAAAGGGUCAAAAAUUGGGCAAAAAGAUGUAACCGGAAUUGGUGAGAUGAAUGACGAUAGCCAUGCAGAUAAUAUAAUCGCUGGGGAGGCAGAAUUAAGAAUCGCGCGCAUGAAGUUGAAUGGAGAUUGUCAAACAUUAGGUGAGCUAGAGAAAUUAACAUAA